AUGGUCGAUGGUGGUGCUUCGGAACAGAUUUAUCGACAGCAACCGUAUGUGAUAAGUGUAACGGAGGAUUCCGCAACGAACUCUUCCCCUGCACUCUCAGCUUCGAAUAAUCCUCUCAAAAAUCCUGUGAUGGAUGCCAGUGUUAGCAACGAUAGCUCUCCGGUACUGCAGCACUCAAAUAGCCAUAGUGCUCAGAACGGCGCUCAUUCCUCUUAUAAUGUUUUUGAGCAGCAAGCAACAGCAAACGUAGACUGGUCUCAUCUCAAACAUGAGCGCGAUGCUGCUGUGGCGGCUUACGAACAAGUAUCGACGCAACUCGAGCAAUUGCGAAUGCACUAUACUCAAUUACAUGCGGCGUAUUCAAGCAUGAGCAACAAUGCAGUUCAUUCCGACGCAGAUAGGCAAAUUCAACAGCUUCAAUCAGCGCUUUCAGUUCUUGUCGAGGAAAAAACGUCAGUCCAAUCGGAGUUGCGUAAUGUGAAAAAUGAUCUUGAGCAGGAACGAAUGCGGAAUGAGAGUUUGUCAGCAAACAUGCAGUCCCUGCGUGGUGACGAAUCGAAUAAACUGCAAACUCGUUUGGUAGAGUGCGAACAUCUUCUUUCUGCCCGCAGCAUUGAACUUGAUGGCCUCAGAAGAAGUGAAGCGAACGCCCAAGCCCAACUGCUGACUGUUCAGCAUGAAAGAAGUGAGGCGCAGGCUCGUCUCAAGGUUAUUGCCCGUGAAAAAGAAGUACUAGACUCAGAACUGAAGCAAACGAGGAAAGAACUCCACAUGAAAGAAAUCUACCUGAAGCAACUUGGUCCACAGGGAAUUAUGAAUAAUAUGAGCGAUGAGAACACCAUUAAAGCAUUACAUGACAGAAUCGAUGCCCUCCAAACGCAAGUUGGAAUCCUGACCAAUGAAAGAGAUCAGAUGCAUCAUAACACCCAAGAACUUAGUCGCCAUUACGAAAUUUGUCGAUUGGAAUUCGCGAACACUCGUGAUAAAUUAGCGAGCGAGCUUGGAGAAGCAGUAUCUGAAAGAGAUGUAGCUUUGUUACGGAUCAAAGAACUGGAAGACGACCUAGCUGUCCUGUUAAAGGAGCAAAGCCAAUAUCGAUCAGUUGUUCCACCUGUAAGUACGGUACCCCAGGAAUCAGGUGUCAUAUCUUUCACUGAAGAAGAUGUUAAUCGUAAAGUCAACGAAGCGAAAAGACGCGCUGAUGCGGAGUGGCAACAAAAGUUCGACGAAGAAGGAAAAGUAGUUGAUUCUAUGAUGAGAAACAAGGAUCAGCUAAUCUUUGAACGCGAGCAAGCGAUUAGCGAACUCCAGAUGCGAUUGCGUUUGCUUGAAGAGCGUACUGCUGAAACACGUGCGAGUGGCUCGGAUCUGCUGUCACUGUCUGAACAACUGCAGAAUGAGAAAGCUACCGUAUCACGCGCCGUUGCUCAAAAUAGGGAAUUGAAGGAACAGCUGCUCGAAACGGAAGAUAGGUUGGUAGCGCUAACUGAAGAGAAGCUCCAUUCCGAACUGGCCCGCCAAACAGCCGAACAUCAAGUGAAGGAACUCAUGAAAAGAAUCGAUACUGAAGCUUCGCGUUCUGAUACCGAUUCUGCACAGCUACAUUCGGCAGGUCCAAGCGAUGCUCUCGAGGCGGUUUUACACCCACCUACAUCGCUAGAGCCAUCACGAUCCACCGAAGAUUGGGAUGAUACGGAGCGUGACCGCUCCGAAAGUGGUGCAGAUGCGUCUCGUGAACGCGAGCAGAUGCUGGAAACUCAACUAGAAAUGGCUAGGCACCAGCUUGAAGAGAUUCGUGCUGAUUUACGUCGCAGUCAUACGCGGAAUGAAGAGAUGAAUCAGAUCUUGAGGCAAAAUGCGGAAGACGAAAAUCAGAAUUCGAUUCAUGUAGAGCUCGGUCAAGCUGUUGCACGGAUACAUGAAUUGGCAGCUGAGAAUCAGCAGCUGCGAGAGAACAUUGACCGAAUAAUGCAUGAAAAAUCGACACUCGAAGCUUCAUUGGCGGAGAAAUGCAGCAUUAACGGUGUGACACAAAAUCCUGAAGCUACACUGCAUUUGAAUGUUGCUCAAGACCAAGUUUCCUUGCCAAACAAUUCGAAGUCUGUGGGCAGUGAGGAAUGGGCUCGGUUUGAGUUGGAAAAACGCUUCGCACAGGCGAUGUAUAGUAAUGCUGAACUUCGCGAAACACUAGACACAUUGGAGCAUAUCAAUAUGCAGCUUCAGCUCGAAAACGACACCAUUGCUGACCAUGUGGUGCUAUAUCAACAUCAGCGUCGUUUGAUCAGAGAGCGAUUACGCGCUAAAGAUGAACAGCUGGCAGCAAUGGAAGCAGACAGAAGGCGCACAUUGGAGAGAUGUAAAGAACUGCAAAAGGCUCUUAUGGACGUGCUUGCGCGAACUGGGGCGUUGAAGGUG